CAGCCCUGUCCUUCACAUCUGUUCGCCGCUUGUCUUCUUCGUGAUUCAUUUUCUCAGCAAAGAAAGGGUAAAGAACGAACGUAAAAGAUGGCAAAGAACACCUCCAGCAGUGCGUUCCGUAAAAUCGAUGUGGAUCAGUAUAACGAGGACAACUUCAGGGAGGACGACGGCGUGGACAGCGCCGCAGCCGGGCCGGACGAGACCGAAAUCACAACACUAUUGACGCAGGGCAAGGUGGUCGAGGCGCUGCUCAGUGCUCUCCAGAACGCUCCGUUGCGCUGUAAAAACCAGAUGGUGAAGGACCACGCCCUGAACAUCACGCUGCGGGUACUCUUAUCAAUCAAGUCCACACAAAUCGACCAGGCCAUUGAUACGGUUGACCAGAACGAUCUGAUUGAUGUGCUGAUGAAGUACAUUUACCGCGGCUUUGAAAUACCCUCGGAGGGCUCCAGCGGGCAUCUGUUGCAGUGGCACGAGAAGGCAUUCGCCAAGGGGGCGUCGGCUGCAUAGUCCGUGUUCUUUCCGACACGAACCGCGCCUAAGGGCGCCCGGCAGCAGCAGUAGCAGGAAAACCAAAGGCUCGCACUGGCUUCAUUCCCCUAUUUAUACGACCCAAUACACACACACACCCACGUACGUACACGAAUACGUCGCGGAGCAUUUAAUCAACGCAACGUUUAGUCAUGACCGGAACGCGGGCAGCAACUGCCGCACCAGCGUAUCGCCGUAUCACCGUGGACACCCACUAUAGGAUGUCGUCAAGGAAAUGCCACACCUGAGCCUAUCUUUCAUUUUGCCGCAAUACAAAUGACGUUUUCCAAAUUAGAUUUUAACUGGUAUUCAAGUAUUAAAGAUUUUAUUAUAAAAUAUGAAAAUGCAGAGUAAUUGUGGUGGAAAACCUGCCACGCCACUGCUUGGCUUUGGCUUGGCACACCUUCGCAUCCCAUGUAAACAUACGAAUAGUUUGAAUCAACCUUUUUCUUCUUUUAUUAGACUAUUCAAAAUGUAAUAAGUGCUUUGAGUAACCUACGGCUUCUACAUUGAUGGCCACUGCUUUGAAGCGGGGACAGAGUGGAGUCGCCUGAUGAAAGACAAAUGCUGGCUGCCUUGGCGUCCGAGGCCGCGGCUGCGUCUUCACUGACGACUCAAAAUGCUCGAAUAAGAAAUGAAAAGCCCACAGAAAUGGUGGGUCUGCAUGCAAUUUGAUGAUUUUUAAGUGCCUGGGGGAAACAUUCAACAAAGGAGGCGUUCGUUCUCUUCAAACGUUGUCUUCAAUAAAUAGUUUGUAUGCUGCA